CCGCUACGACUUCCGUCUUUUUGUCGUCGCCAUUUUGGAUUGAGAGUUGGCUCCCUUGGAAUAUAUAACGUUAGCUAACAGGCUGGCCCGACCACCGGUGCACUACAAGGCUUGCUUACAGGACACUUAGUGGUCUUGGCAGUCAUCAUUUUUGGAGUGUACCGUUUUCAUGAGAUGUGCACCACUCUGUCCUUUCUCUCGUCCCCCCGGGUAGCUAGCAGCUGCAGCAAAAGCCAAUGUGAUAGCUAACUAGCUAGCUCAGUUAGCUGGCUGUGUGGAGCAGAGCAUCAGCACCGGCUUUGAGGAGAGCGACCAUCACCAUCAGUCUGCACGUCCCGGCAGCCUUUUAUCCUCAUUGUUAGCCAUUUAUGAAGUGAGGCAGCCACUGUAGAGCUACCACCGAGACGUUACACAAGGAGAGAUGUAUCAGCUUCCAGUGAAUAACCUUACAAGGAUCAGGAGAGCUAGGAAACAGGUGAAAAAAGCCCUUGGAGACAUUGGACUGGAGUACUGCAAGGAGGCAGCAGAGGAAUUCAAAGAGUUUUGCCCUAAUGAGCAAUUUGUAAAAGGUAGUCUUUGCCUUGAUAUCUGCACAUGGGAUCCAUCGUACUCUAAACCGCAGGAAUACAGAUCCAAGCCAUUUUGCUGCACGGAAUGCCCAUUUUCUUCCAAAUACUACUCAGGCUACAAGAAUCACUUCCGCAAUGUACACAGGAAAAUAUUUGACAGUAAAAUUCUGCUCAACUGUCCAUACUGUACGUUCACUGCAAACAAGAGGACUUUGGAGACACAUGUUAAAAUAUUCCACAUGCCCAGUUCAGCACGGCAGAAUUAUGGGACUUCACAGGGAACUGCACUGGGAAAAAACGACAAAGCAUAUCUUGAUAGGUUCAGACAGGGUGAUGGUGUGGAGAAGGCAAUGUACUUUUGCAAAAAAUGCACAUUCCGAGACACACUCUACAAUGUUGUGAGAAGGCACAUCUACAGGGAACAUUUUCAGCAUAUUGUCUCACCAUAUCUCGGUAUGGUUUCUGAAUCAUCUGUUAAAAAUGGUGCUAAUUCUGUCAACGGCAACAACAUCCUCUGCAAACGCUGUCAGUUUUCCACUCGUAGCUAUGAGGCUCUAGUUCAGCAUGUUGUAGAGUACCACGAGCGCAUUGGGGCUCAAGUAACCACCAUGAUUGGACAUGCUAAUAUUCUUGUCUCCAGGCCUCAAUCCAUCCCGGCUGCUUCUCACAAGGCUCCUCUGGUUGUUAGCAGGGGUCAUACAGUUAGAACUGAGCCAAUAGCACAAGCACCGGUAAUUGGUUAUUUGAAGCCAGCGGCCCCUGUUGUUAAAAGUCAGUCCGCCAUUGCAGCAAGUCUGAUGCGUGUCACAGGUCCAGGCAACAGCACCCCGGCUGAAAAUAAUGCUGCUGGUGUUAACACAGCGCAGACACAAAAGUGGAAGAUAUGUACAGUUUGCAAUGAGCUUUUUCCUGAAAACCUCUACAAUGCUCACUUUGAGAAUGCACACAAGGCAAAGAAAGUGUGGGCCCUGGCCAAGUACAUCAUGAAAAUUCACAACUUCACAAGCAAGUGUUUGCUUUGCAACCGCUAUCUGCCCAGCGAUACACUGCUUAACCACAUGCUGAUCCAUGGCCUCACCUGUCCACAGUGCCAUUCUGCUUUCCACAAUGUUGAGAGAAUCAUCGAGCAUGCGGCUCAGGCUCAUCCUGAUGACUUCACUGGACCCCCUGGUGCAUCACCUCUAACCUUUGACCUCACCAUCAAACAAGAUAAGUCCAGUAAUGUACAGCUCGUUGUGCUCACCUUUAACAUGAAGGAAUCCAUCAAUGGUCAAGAUCAAUCUGCUCAAAAUAGUGUUCCAGCUCUUGUCAAGGUAACCUCUCCCAGAUCGAUCGAAAAGAAAAAUGAACCGCUUCUAAGAGGAUUCUCCUCUCCGACUCCGAAGACUGAGGUUGGGAAGACUUUGUGUCCGCUGUGUUUCACCAUCCUCAAAGGACCCAUCUCUGAAGCUUUGGCCAUGCAUCUGAGAGAGCGACAUCAAGUGCUCCAAACAAUGCACCCUGUGGAAAAAAAGAUGACGUACAAGUGCAUUCAUUGCCUGGGAGUGUACACCAGCAACAUGGUGGCCUCCACAAUCACGCUGCAUCUUGUGCAGUGCCGGGCUGUUGGAAGGAGCCAGAUAGGCCAAGGCUUCAAGUCCGCCUUAACACUUAACUCAUCCGGGGCUGGCUUCCUCAAGAGGCAGCCACCAACACAGGCCAUGUCCAAUCCCAAGAAGAUAAAACUGAGCAAGGAGUCAAAGAUUUCCUCCACAAGCGUUGGAAAUCUGUCUGAUGGCCUUGCUCUGGAUCCAAGAAGCUAUGAGCACAAGACGUAUGAGGCCAGGAAAAAUUUCCUGACGGCCUACUUCAACCGGAGACCAUAUCUUUCUUCUCAAGAAGAGGACAAGCUGUCUGCAAGUCUGUGGCUCUGGAAGUCUGACAUUUCUAGUCACUUUGCAAGCAAGCGAAGAAUGUGCGAGAGACAAUGUCACACCAAAAAGCUAUCGGUGCUGCUGGGCUUCGACAUGCAUGCUGUGAAGAAAGUUAAACACGACUUGAUCUUUCAGGAGAGCAAGUUUGAUGGCAUCUCGGUGGGGAGAUCUGGAGGCCUCAAGUCUGGCACUCCAAGCACAGACCAAAACAAGACAUGUGAGACACUAAACUGUACCUUAAAACUCAGUACAUGCACAGAGACCAUUUCCAUUGACUCUGACAGUGAACCAGAAAUGGAGGAUAAACCUACUGAGAAUGGAAACAUUGACACAAACCAAGAACAGAAUGCAAAAUCUGAGGAGCCAGCAAUAGAAGAGACUGAACCAGUUAGAAUAGAAGAGAGUGAGCCGGAUAGAAAAGUAGAGGCCGAACUAAACAGCAUAGAAGAAACAGAGCCGGACAGCAUAGGAGAGGCCAACCUAGAUAGAACAGAAGAGACUGAACCGAACAGAAUAGAAGAGACCGAACUAGACAGAACAGAAGCGACAGAACCAGACAGCAUAGAAGAGACAGAACCAGACAGCAUAGGAGAGGCCAACCUAGACAGAACAGAAGAGACAGAGCCGGACAGCAUAGGAGAGGCUGAACUAGACAGAACAGAAGAGACAGAACCAAACAGAAUAGAAGAGGCUGAACUAGACAGAACAGAAGAGAUAAAACAUUUGAACACAGACGAUCUGCCAAGAGAAAAGGAGAGCCCUUUGCAAGAUGAGAAUGCAACUGCUUGGAUGACUUUCUGUUAGUAUCCCUGCUCAGCAGUGUGCCUUGGGUGAGAAACGGUGUAUAAAUUAAGAUGAAGGAAAACCUAUCACAUUUAUUUGGUCAAAUGGCACAGGUGACUAAAACUGUUUAAUUCCAGAUGUUGACCUUGUCACCAGUGUUGGAAAGACGGAAAUAAAGUUACAUUGUAGUGCAUAAAUAUAUGACCUAUAAGUGACAUUGUAUAUAUUUUAGCCAUUGUUCUUUGUUAGUUUCUUCAUACAAUCUGUGUUAUUCACCUUUAAACUGUCACAAGAUUUAUGAAAUGUUUAUGCCAAUUUCCCCACUAGGUUUUUGUUUCCUCAAUUGUGACAAGGAACUGUAUCAUAUUAUCAAUUCACAUUUAGAACGUGUAGGAUAUGCUAAUCGCUUACAUACAUGUUUUAAUAAAUAUGUUUGUUUAAUAAAAAUGUUUUUUUUUCUUUUCACCCAUUACU